GGGCGGUGGUGGAGUGGGUCUCCCCGUGCUUUAAACUGACCAGCGGCCAAUUUCCCCUGCAAGCUCCGAUCGAAGAUGAGUAUUCUUAGAGCCGCACUGAGAUCGAACUCUCCCUUUUCCACUUUUCAAACCACGUCCAGGGUGUUGUUUUCAACUGAAGCAGGACAGCCACCUCAGGGUCCAGUUGCCGAUUCUUUUCUGCGCAGUCCCCGUCAAGGUUUGGUAUAUGGGAGGCUGUUGGGAGUUCGUAAACAUACCCUGAAAACAGAUAUAAUCCACUUUCUUAAAGAUUCUAAUUUGACCAUGGAGGAUGUCAAAGUGGACUACGACCGUUACUUUACGCCCCUUGCAAUGAUGUUGCAAUUCCAUUCUCACGGUGCCUAUGAACAAGCUUUUAGACAUAUUGCAAGGAAUGGUCGCUUGUACAAAUUGGAAAGGGUUGAUCGUGCCCAAUGGGAUAUUGUUACUCCUUAUGACGGAAAAACUAUUUUAAUGCGUGGAUUUCCUCGAAAUGCACUGAUAGACGAAAUAGAACGUUUUCUGCAUGGUUAUGAAUAUGAUCGGUCCUCCAUCAAUAUUUUUCUAAGACAGGGAGAAACUAUCGACAAUCCCGUUAAAAUGGCAACAGUACGAUUCCGUUCAAGGACUGACGCAAUGAAUGCUUUCAUCACAAAGAAUAGGACGUUUUGCCUUAACAGCCAAAUUUCGAUUCUGGUUCUCCAGUAGCCAGCCUAUGCCCCUCCCUUGCAUUACUGCUACAACUGCAGCAUUGCUUUCAGACAGAGAACAGGACUAAUCUCACGGCCUUGUUUUAUUUGUGUUGCUUUCUGGGAUCUCAAGUUUUGCGUUAGAAACAGGGGGUGACCUCGGCAAUUUAAUACAUUGGCCUGGCUAUCCUAAAUCCCAUGUUUCUUUUGACUGCAUUGGUUCUCUGUUCCCCCCUCCCCUCCCAUUUACUUAUAUAAUUAAUACGACUAUUAUAUCUUCUACAAUUCUGUCCCGUCAUAAUAACAUAUAGACAGCUGGUCAAUUGGUUAAUCAAGUUAUGUUGAGAACAAGUGUUAGUUAUUUGUUGAGUGUUAACAGUGUAGCUGUAAGUAGUCUGAGGUUUAACUGUGUUAACUAUAUGCGGCAGGAUCCUCUCCUGGCGAGUUUCCUUCACGACUCUCCAGCUGCCUGUGAAAAUGUAAUAAGAUGAUGAACAUGUAAUAUGAUUGAGGUAGGAUUCUCUCUUGGUGAUUUUCCUCCAAGAUGACUGUAUUGGUGCAUUGAAA